AUGGGAGACGAGAGCAACGAGCGGGAGGCGACUCUGCUCCAAAGGUUCCCGUGGCAGCUGUGCUCCAACACGGCAUGGCGGGCGCACGCCGGGGUUGUCCUCGUCCAGCUCGCCUUCAGCGGCUACCACGUCCUCACCAAGGCCGUCCUGAACGCGGGCAUGAACCAGGUCGUCUUCUGCGUCUACCGCGACCUCGUCGCGCUCGCCAUCCUCGCCCCCGUCGCCUUCCUCCGCGAGAGAAGGGUGAGGCCUCCGGUGACCCCUCAGCUCCUCGCAUGCUUCGCUCUUCUUGGCUUUACUGGGCUCUUCGUGAACCCGCUCCUCUUCCUCGUCGGCCUCCGCUACACCAACGCUUCUUACGCCGCGGCGUUCGAGCCCUCGGUGCCAGUGUUCGCGUUUCUCUUGGCUGUGAUUGCCGGCGUUGAAGUGAUCAACAUCUUCAGCAAGGACGGCAUCCUCAAAGUCAUGGGAACAGUCGUAUGCGUCUCCGGUGCCCUUCUGAUGGCUCUGUACAGAGGUCCAUCCUUGAUUAGCCUCCUGGGAGGCGCCACUGCAUCAGCAAGUGAAAAUGUCAACACCAUUAUUCCUGCUAAAUGGCUGACAUCUACCGUGCUCGAGCGUGGUGUAGAGACAUGGUUUCUUGGUGCCUUGUGCCUUAUAGGACACUGUUUCUUGGUGGGUGCUUAUCUAGUCAUACAGGUUUCUGUGAUUAAAAGGUAUCCUGCAAGCUUAUCCUUGACGGCUUAUUCCUAUUUUUUUGCCACCAUCUUUAUGGUGUUCACUGGAGUAGUUGCAACCAGUGGGCUCCAUGAGUGGUCACUGACAAAAACUGAGAUCAUAGCUGUUCUAUACGCUGGAAUUGUUGCAUCUUGUAUGAGCUAUGCACUCAUGACAUGGGCAAACAAAAUUCUUGGACCUUCGUUGGUUGCCCUUUAUAAUCCACUCCAACCAGCUUUUUCUACCGUACUCUCAACUAUUUUUCUUGGUGCCCCAGUUGACGCCGGAAGCAUUAUUGGGGGAUUCUUCAUAAUUGCUGGCCUAUAUCUAGUUACAUGGGCUCGCUACAAUGAAGCGCAGCAAGCAACGAUGGAUGAUUAUUUGGACCCUCUUCUUGUGUGUCAUCCAAGAAUCACUAAGACACAAGAAAGUUCUUUCAUGGAUCCUUAA